CUUCAAUGCAGCGAACAACGCCAUGCCACUGCAAAAGAACGAUACAUCGGGCAGCCAGAAAAUCACGUCCUUCUUCUCACGCUUCACGAUCCCUCCGGAACGCAGGCCUGACAACAAUAUCGUGGAGGACGAAAUUGUCGUCGCAUCGCCCAGCAAAUCCCCGCCGAAAUACAAUGUCAAUCCCAUUGAUGGCACAACGAACAUCACGCCCACCCCGGACUCUCCCUACCGCUCGCCUCUUGUACUCUCGCCCAAGCGACGGCUUGCCUCAGGCGUGGUGAUCUCGAGGUCUUCAUCGCCGCAAUCACCAAAUGCGAGUCCUCGCGCCGACAGGACCAAGUCCAUCUCCGCAUCGUCUCCCAAUGCCUCCGGCACAUCGAACUUGCCCUCGACGACCACCGCGACGGCUGCAGCCACCAAUGUACCUUCGUCUUUGUCAUCAAGCACGCUGCGUGCGUCCACCUCCAGUUCACGGCGAAUUGUCAAAGAUGGCGUGCAGGCAGUCGCGAACUCUGACUCCGACAUGAGUGAUGACAGCAGCGGCGAAGAGCUCGCUGAUCCGCGCACAUUCUUCGCCAAGCGACGAAAAUUGUCCCCAGAGGCCAAGGAGACUCCUGCGGUCAAGAAAUUGUCUGCUCGCGACAGGCAGAAGAGAUUCGACCAGACACGCCCGCAGUCCCCUCCGAAGAAGGUGUACAAGCACAGUUUCGCAUCGCUGAUCCGCGAAGGACAGCGGAUGAAGGAGUCUGAAGCAGCGAUUGCUAGUAUGAGACAGGCACUGGAGGAUUCCAAGAAGCGUGACGAGGAGGCCGAGCGACAAGCGAUACUGGGGCUGAACAACAAGGUCGACGCGGAAACCAUGCUGGAGUAUGCAAGCGACGAUGAAGACGGCGAGAGAAGGCUCAAGGCACUGCAGCGCGUGGAGGCAUUACAAGCGGCCGACACAUACCAUUUCUUUCUGGACACUGCACCGCUGUUCGAUGACGUCCCGUUUCCAACGGAGUGCCUACCGAACGAGCCUUGGAGCAGCCUGUACGCUACGGACACUUCCCGGGAGCAGGCCUGUAUGUCAGGCUUUGCCGCUGAGAUGGCUGCACAUUAUCCGCUGCCCAUGGCGAUAACUAAUUGGAUGGCACAGCAAUUGCUCCAUGAGCAGAAUGAGGCGUUGUGCGAGGCCUAUGUCGAGAUACUUAGAGUAUCGUGCACAUCUCACAACUCGGUAUCUGAUACCAUAGCGUCGGUGUCAUCAAUGUACAAGACUCGUUCUCUUUUUGAGAACAAAUAUACGGAGCCCGUUCAGCGCGGUGUUCCAGCGGGCCUGAAGCACGUACUGAAAGUUGCAACCUUUUGUGCGCCAGCUUCUGACAGCGUAGUGCCCGAAGCAGAACCAUCAAAGACUCUCGAGGCUUUCCUUGAUAUGUCAAUGAUGAAUCUGGAUGAACACGUGAGGAGAGACCUCGGACUGUCGCUCGCUCUGGGAAGCUGCAUCGAAGACUUGCUCGAGUCGAUCUCGGAGCAAUCUUACGAGAGACUCGUACAAGGCGCGCUCAGCAUGCUUCAUGACACUGACGAAAGUAUCACGCCUCGAUUCCGUUGCUGCCUCAUACAGUCACUGCCCAGCCGCACCAAGCGUACAUAUGACAUUCGCCGGAGGCUCGCGCUUGGAGUGCUCAUACCGUCAGAAAAUCGUGACUCAGUCACUGUUGGCGGCCGGGACUGGCUGGCCUGCAUCACCCAGACACUCCGAACCAACAAAGAGUUCGAGAUCAGAGACUCGGCCGAUUAUGAUCUCCUAGUACCGCUAGUGGAAGUCCUGGACAUCGCCAUCUCUGCUGGGUUCACCGACUACAACGUCCUACACCCUGUGCCCGAGGCAUCCGAUACCAAAGCAACAGGCAUGUUCACUCAGUUACCGAAGCUGUGUGCGGCAGCAAAAACCCACAAUUCGAAAAUAGAUGCAAUCGUUUCUGAGUUGGGGUACAUGAAGGCUAAUAUCCAACAUGAAGCCACUCAUCUUCGACGUCAAGAGCUCAAGGCCGCAAUCGACCGAUUGAUCACGCGACUGGAGACCAGCGUCCGUACGAGGCCGAAGCCCAAGAAGAGUGUUUUUGGAGAUGAACCAAAGCAGGCCCGUUUCGACAGAAGUGCUCUAAAGAAACAACACGGUGGAAGGGAUAUGGGUGUAGCGGAGCAGGUUGUUGGUGACGAUGGCACGUCAAUGACUGAUACGAUUCACGAAUUGCCUAGCAGGCCGGGAGAGAUGGAUGUUGCUGAAAAUGCAGGCCAUGGCUCAUGUUCAGAGGAGGAGUUUCACACCGCAUUUGAGAUUAGCCAACCGCCAGGUUGAUGAAGUUCGAGUUAUUCGUCAAUCGACUCGCUAAUGAAACCACUUCCCUCUGUGGAGUUCAUGACUGCUAAUGUAAUCCCGCGCCGUUCUUGGAUGCGAGCGUUGAGCGUGGAAUGAGCUGGCAGGAACUCUGUUCGUGAUUCUCAUUACACCAGCUUUUCUGUAGCCACCACGCUUUCCUAGCAACUUCAUACGCUCAUCGGUGGCCAUCGCAAUCUGCGAAAGCACAUACCCUCGAAAACCACUCCUCAGCACUCUAGCCACAACUCAGUCG